AUGUUUGAGUUGAAAAUAUUUAUGUAUAAUAAAAAAUUAAAGUGGAAAUCUGAUUUCGAAAAAUCUGUUAUUAUUGAGAACUUUUUGAAUAGAGGAUGGAUUAAAUCAUAAGAAAAAGAGGAUGAUUCAACAGAUUGGAAUGUAUAUUGGGCAACUGUAUGGAAUGUAAGAAAUAUUUUUAAUCCAAAAAAUGGAUUUAGAUUAAAUGAUUAAGUAACUACAUCAUAAUUGGUAGUAAAUUAUAAAUCAUUUUCCAAAUCAUUAUGAAUUAACUAGAAAAGAUUAUAUGGUUAAAAAUUUAAAACGAUUUAAAAGAGAAUAAGAUAAAGAAACAUAUGAAUAAUAGGGAUGGAAUUUUGAUUUUUUACCAACUACUUAUAUAUUUCCAGGAGAAUAUUCCCUUUUUGUAGAAGAAUUUCAUAAAUGUCCAAAUUAAACAUGGAUUGUUAAACCUGCAGCACGUAGUUAAGGAUAAGGAAUAUUCUUAUUAAGAAAAAUUCAAUAAUUAAAGAAAAUUUCAGGAACCACUGUUACAAGCAAUAUGACAUAACUUAAUCUUGUAUCUAAAGAAAAUUAUGUUGUUUCUAAAUAUAUUGACAAUCCACUCUUAAUUGGUGGCAAAAAGUUUGAUUUAAGAAUGUAUGUUUUAGUUAUACUUAUAUAAUAAUAUAUAUANAAAAGUUACACUAUAGGAAUGUUUGAUAUAAUCAGAAUAACCAGAAUAAUUAGCUGAAGAUAAUGCAUGGUAUUGUAAGGUUUGUAAGGAACAUGUCUAAGCAUAUAAAAGUAUGUAGAUUUAUAAGGUAUAUUAUAUUAUUAAAUAUAAUAAAGGCAUCUGAUAUUUUGAUAUUUACAUUAAAGCGAUUCAAAGCUUCAAGUGGAUUCUUCAAGUAAAAGUUAGAGACAUUUGUGGAAUUCCCUGUAAAAGGUUUAGAUUUAACAGAAUUCAUUUUGAAUAAGAAUAGACCUUUGGAUUAUGAGUGGGAAUUAAAACAAUAGUAAAAGAUAGAAGAGGAAUUACCAGAACAAAAUGAGAACGAUAAGAACGAUGAGAAACUCUUAUAUGAUUUAUUUGCAGUAUCAAAUCAUUUCGGAGGAAUGGGAGGAGGUCAUUAUACUGCUUUUGGAAAGAACCACGUACUUUAAGUGUUUAGUGUUAGUUGAAUGGAAAUUGGUACAGUUUUGAUGACGCUUAAGUGAGUGAAGUGGAUGAAGAUUAGAUUGUAACUAAGAGUGCAUAUGUGUUAUUUUACAAGCGUAGAUCAAAACAAUAAAAUACACAAGACUUCAAAACACAAGAUUGA